GUCUGCCUAUUUACCUAUCAAUCUAAGUCAACCCCAUCUGGAAACAUUCGGAAGACUUACGAAAUACUUAUUGACAGAGACAGCUGAUAUUCUCUCUCUCUCUUUCUCCCGCUCUUUUUUUUUUCUCUCUCUCUCUCUCUCUCUCACGCUCUUUCUUUCUCUCUCUCUCCCUUUCUCUCUGGUAGUCUAACUGCUUGUCUGUCUGGCUCUCCGUCUAUUUAUCCGUUUCCCUCUCUCCCUCUCUCUCUCUCUCAUUCUCUCUCUUCUUUGCACAUUCACCUACUCACCCCUUCACAAACACACCCACACGCACACGCCCCCCCCCCCCACCACACACACAUAUAUAUAUACGUAUAUUUAAUUAUAUCUAUAUAUAUAUUUCCACACAUUAGAUAUUGUCCCGUAAACUGAAAACUCUAGUUUCUGCAGUUCGUGAAAAACAGAAUCAAAGAUGGGAGAAGAAACGGUAAAAUUAAAGAAAAAUUUAGGACUGAUGUCGGGAAUUACGUUAAUCGUUGGCACUAUGAUAGGUUCUGGAAUUUUCAUUUCACCGAAAGGAGUCCUUUCGAAUUCAGGGUCUGUUGCUCUUAGUUUGAUUGUGUGGGCAGGAUGUGGAGUAUUGGCAACAUUUGGAGCUCUAAGUUAUGCCGAACUUGGAACAUGUGUGCCGAAAUCUGGAGCAGAACACGCCUACUUUCUAUUCGCUUAUAGUCCGCUGGGCAAGAUUUUCGGCCGAAUACCAUGUUUUCUAUUUGACUGGGUUGGUCUAUUCAUUAUCCGACCAACCAUGUUUGCUGUAAUCAGUUUAUCAUUGGGAACAUACGCUGCAAAACCUUUUUACGAAAAUUGCGACCCACCAGAUUCUGUGGUCAAACUCAUCACUAUUGCUACGAUGUUACUCAUUGCAUUUAUAAAUGCAUGGAGUGUUCGAGUAGCGACAACAGUUCAAAACGUUUUAACAUUUGCGAAGUUAUUAGCUAUUGCUAUCAUCAGCGGUGGUGGGAUCUACAAACUUGCAACAGGAAGUACAGAGUACAUUAUGGAAGGAUUUGAAGAUACUAUCACUGACCCGUCAAUAGUUGCAUUGGCAUUUUACAAUGGAUUGUGGUCUUUCGAUGGCUGGAAUAACUUGAACUUUGUUACAGAAGAAUUGAAGAAUCCUUAUAGAGAUUUGCCUCUCUCCAUCAUAAUUGGCAUUCCUCUCACCACUGUUUGUUAUGUUCUCACCAAUAUUGGAUACUUCAGUGUUAUGUCUAAAGAGGAAAUCAAUGCAUCUCAUGCAGUGGCUGUCUUUUGGGGCGAAAGCGUCCUCGGAAUCAUGGCUUGGAUAAUGCCAAUGUUUGUUGUUAUGUCAUGCUUCGGAGCGGCCAAUGGUGUCUUAUUCUCAACCGGAAGGCUAUGUUAUGUUGCUGGCAGAGAAGGGCAUUUUCCACGAGUAUUUUCAUACAUUCAUCAUAAGAAUCUCACACCAGUGCCAUCAGUCAUGUUCACAGCUUUGAUGGGAAUCAUUAUCAUUAUUCCAGGGAAAAUAUCAACUUUAAUUGAUUUUUAUAGUUUCUCUGCAUGGACUGUUUAUGGAAUAGGUGCCUUUACGGUGAUAUAUUUACGGAUUACUCAACCCAAGCUUAAAAGACCUUUAAAGGUACCAAUUGUGAUCCCAAUAAUCGUUGUGAUCAUGUCAGCUUAUCUUGUACUGGCACCAGUCAUCCAGAAUCCAAAGAUGGAAUUCUUCUUUGCUUUUCUCUUCAUCUGUAGUGGACUGAUUUUCUACUUCCCAUUUGUUUACAAGAAGAUUUCUGCACCUGGAAUAGGAAGAUUCCAGCUGUUCUUACAAAAACUGCUGUGUGUUGUGCCAAGUGAUGAUACAAGUACUGAAGAAGAGGAAAUGUCAGAGCUCUCAAGCGAUGCUAAAAAGCUUUAGAUUAUUUUAAGUCAUUGAAACUGCUGUUUAUUUUAAUGAUUUAUAUAAUGAAAUAAGUGGGAAAAAAAUCCAUCUAAUUUUGUUUGAA